AUGGCUCGUCGCUACGAUAGUAGAACGACUAUCUUCUCUCCUGAGGGAAGACUGUACCAGGUAGCCGUGUUGUCGACUUUUAUUCAUAAAAUUGUUGAUUUAGGUCGAGUAUGCCAUGGAGGCUAUCAGCCACGCCGGAACUUGUCUCGGCAUCCUGGCCUCGGACGGAAUCGUCGUUGCCGCUGAGAGAAAGAACGUUCACAAGUUGUUGGACGACACCGUCAUGACUGAGAAGGUGUACCGUCUCUCGGACAACAUCUCGUGCACCGUGGCCGGUAUUACUGCCGAUGCCAACAUCCUGAUCAAUCAUCUGAGAUGGUGGGCGGCCAGCUACCGCAAUAGCUAUGGAGAGGAAAUGCCAGUCGAGCAGCUCGUCCAGAAUCUUUGCAACGAGAAGCAGCGAUACACUCAAAUCGGUAAAGAGCAAAGCAUUGCGAUAUUUUAGUAAACUUUCUAUUCAGGUGGAAAGAGACCGUUCGGAGUGUCGCUUCUCUACGCCGGAUGGGAUAAGCACUACGGAUACCAGCUCUACCAAUCGGAUCCGUCCGGAAACUACACCGGAUGGAAGGCUACCUGCAUCGGAAGCAACCACCAGGCUGCCGUGACUCUUCUGAAGCAAGAGUACAAGUCGCCGGAUCUCGAAGAGGCUAAGAAACUUGCCAUCAAGGUUCUCUGGAAGACCUUGGACGUGAAGCUGGCCUCCGAGAAAGUCGAGAUGGCCGUUUUGACUCGCCGUGAUGGAAAAACAGUUCUGGAGGAGUUGUCGACCAAAGAAGUCGAUGCUCUUAUCGCCGAGCAUGAAAAGAAGGAGAAGGAGGCCGAGAGCGCCGAAAAGAAGUAA